ACGAGUUCGCACCAGCAGGCCCGCACGCGGCACGCACCCGACCCAGCUGGAGUCCCUCCAGUCGUCUCGCGUCCCAGGGACGGCAGGUUCGCCCCCAUCCUUUCCGGUCAACCUCCAUCUGGGGCCGAAACCCUAGAGACCACCGCCACCGUUCCCCAUGGGAGCCCCUAUGGUGGCCCCCAUGCUCCUCCUCCCCUCGCCGGACGGCGACGGCGACCACCAGCAGCAACAGCAGAUGUCUCCCGCGUCCGCCGGCGCCGCCCCCUCCCAGCCCGAGCCUGCGGCCACGGUCGCCACCCAUACACGCGCCAUCGGCAUCAUCCUUCCCCCGCCCGACAUCCGCGUGAUUAUCGAGAAGACGGCCACCUUCGUCGCCAAGAACGGUCCCGAGUUCGAGCGCCGCAUCGUCGCCCUCAACCGGGGCAACGCCAUGGUCAACUUCCUCCAGUCCUCCGACCCCUACCACGCCUACUACCAGCACCGCAUCUCCGAGCUCGCCGCCCAGCCGCCUACCACCGACGCCUCCGCCUCCGCCGCGCCGGAGUCCGAGGAUGGCCAGCAGCUCCCAUCCGACUCUGCCGCACCUGCUGCUGAGAACUAGCUUUACAUGAAAAUACAUGUAGCCUUGGAAAGAGAAAUUUUUUGGUUGUCCAAUUGUGCGGUUUCUCCUACAUUCUCUGAUUCUGGUUGCACGUAUGCUAUCUUGAUCCAGUGUGCUAUUCAUUUUUGUCAAUGCAAGAGUAAACAAACUUGCUUCUUACUUGCAGCUUCGUAUUUGCUUGAAAUAAAAAUCAUAUGCACAGGAUUUGUUCAGGCUGCAGUACUUAUGUAAACAUGUAUAUUGGUGUAAAAACAACAAAGAUAUGGUCAAAGAUUAAAUGCAGUUACAAAAUU